UUUGUCUACGUCAGCAGACUGCGACGCGUGGACGCGUGGUGUGUCCGAAGCUUCCUGCAGCUGUGAAUUUUUUAGUUAAAGGCGCUCAAUUAAAUUCCCUUCUUCGUCAUUUCCGGACAAGCAUAUAUAGCGUUUAUAGAGUGUGACACGUAUAACGGCUUAUUAACGUCACGCUAUGAACGUUAGAAAAUAUUGUUGCGUGACGAAGAAAGACAGCUGACCAAUCACCAAUGAGAUGACCAGGACAACUACACAAGAUACCCGGAAGUGGCAACCCCCCCGAGUCAGGUGGGCUUGAGCAACCCGGUACUUACUCCGUUAAGGUAGAUAUAAUUCCGCGUAAGUCGCGUAACUCGCGUAUAAUAACUCGCGUUUAAACCGUGAUUAUUGAGCAUUUUUCCCGUUAUCGGGUCAGUUCCAGGGGGUUACACUCAUGUAACCUGCAACACAGGAAAUAAUAAAGAAGAAAAAAGGAAGCUAGGACGCUACAGAAGGAUUGAAAUGUGUUUAUUCAUUCUGUAUUUCCGGGUCUGGCUGUGUUGUUAACAAGUUAUUUCAGGAUGCAGAAGAGAGGGAUAGGUGGAGAGAGAGAUGAUUCGCUGUGGAGACCCCUGAAGGGAAAAGCUGAAAGAAGAAGAAGAAGAAGAUUUCGAUUUUAAUGCCAGGUCAAGUCAAAUAUGGGGAGGCCCAGGAAGAGGAAUGUGGUCAUUGAUGGAGAGUCUCAUUCUCAGAAAGAGGAGAAACCACCAGUUGUGGUCAGGAAGGAAAAGGAAAAGAAAAAAGAAAAGACAAACGUGAGCAAGAUCUUCAUCAACAUCUCCAUCGGCUUGUGCAUUUUCAGCCUCGUCUGGUUCUUCUACGCCCUGUACAUGCGCUCGGCCAUGGCCAGGAGAGCUGUGACGCGUCAUCCUUCACCCCGGGUCUUAGAUGCCAACAGCACCACUGCAGCUGUGUCUCCUGAGAGAUUCUGGGGCUCGUAUCGACCACACGUUUAUUUUGGCAUGAAAACAAGAAGUCCAAGAUCUGUGGUCACAGGCUUGAUGUGGAUGAGACAGUUCUCUCCCAAGGGCGUUGAGCUGAGGCACACAUGUGAGCAGGGGGACAAAUUGCAUUCCUACGGCUGGCUAAUGCACGACGGCAUCAACUUUGGCAUGCAGCAGAUCAAAGACUCCGACUUUACGCUCACCACGACCUUCGUGAAACGUUUGGGAGGAGAACACGGUGGCGACUGGACGUGGAGAAUUAUCGGCAAGGAACGUAGCUCUGGUCCUAAUGCUCCAGUCAUCUCACUGAUGUUCUACGUGGCUGCAGAUACCCAGGGUUCCCUGCAAGCUCACAUUGAGAAUAAGACACGCUUAAGCCAUGUUACAGGCACUUCAGAGGAACUUGGGGAGUUCAAAAUCACUUUCAGCAAACCCACCGGUGGAGCAGCAUCUCCCAAUAAAUAUGCAAGCUAUAAUUACUUGCAGACACAAAGCCCUGGUCUGAACCAAUUAACAGACAUUGUGAAAAACAGCCUGAGUUACAGAUUUGUUUUCAGUCCAUCCACUGAUCAAAGAAGGCCUUACAUCGCUGUGGAUACCUACACACCUCCUCCACAAAAUGAUAAUCGCAUCCAGAGUGACUUUGUGGUGCACCAGGUUACUGUCCAAGUCCCAUUCCAGAUUGAGGUUUUAUUUGAGUCCGGAAGUUUUCAUGACCGGCCCAAUCAGCUGAAGGGCUCUGUGCUGACUGAGGAGCUUACGAGGCUGAAAUUGUCCUACAAUGAGAAGUUUGAAGAGACAUUUAGUCUCCAGGCUAAAGGGUUUACUCCAGAUCAGGUGAGGUUUGGCAAAGCUGCUUUAAGCAACAUGCUUGGUGGUAUGGGCUACUUCUUUGGACAAUCCGUGGUGCAAUCGAAUUAUCAUGAUUAUCCCAUUUUUUACCCUGAGGGUGCCUUGUUCACCGCAGUGCCCUCCCGCUCCUUCUUCCCAAGGGGUUUCCUGUGGGAUGAAGGCUUCCACCAGCUUCUCAUCAGUAAGUGGGACCCUCAGUUGACACGUGAGGCUGUUGCUCACUGGCUGGAUUUGAUGAAUGUGGAAGGCUGGAUCCCACGUGAGCAGAUCCUUGGUGAUGAGGCACUCAGCAAGGUCCCUUCAGAGUUUGUGGUGCAACACACUGAAAAUGCAAAUCCACCAACAUUCUUUCUUGUCCUGGAGAAGAUUUUGGAACAGCUUGAUAAACCUACAAAUGCACCACAAUUGCAAGAUGCUCUACCUUUCCUACGAAGAUUGUACCCCCGAUUGCAGACAUGGUUCGACUGGUAUAACACCACUCAAGCUGGACCCUUGCCCAACUCCUACCGUUGGCGUGGGAGGGACAAGGACACCAACCGCUUCCUCAACCCUAAGACCUUGACUUCCGGGCUGGAUGACUACCCUCGUGCAUCACACCCUUCCGAAGAUGAAAGGCAUGUGGAUUUGCAUUGUUGGAUGGUUCUUGUAUCGCGGAUCUUAACAAGCAUAGCGCGGCUGCUUGGGGAACCCCAUCAGGAGUAUGAGCACACCUACCAGACCCUCAGCAACAACAGCCUUCUGAGUGAGUUGCACUGGUCUGAACAGCUUCAUGCCUUCUGUGACUAUGGUAACCACACUCAGGCAGUGUCAUUGCAACAAGAAAAGGUUUUUGUGCCACCCAGGCCGAUGAGGCAGCAGUUACCAGUAAAACGCCUGGUGCGGUCAGUGCGCAAAGCCCCUAAGCUUCAAUAUGUGAAUGCACUUGGCUACGUUAGUCUGUUUCCAUUCUUGCUUCAGGUCCUGACACCCGACUCUCAAAAAUUAGAGUACAUUCUGAAAGACAUUCGGGAUCCUGCUCGCUUGUGGACACCCUAUGGCUUGCGCUCACUUUCACGUUCAGAUCCAAUGUAUAUGAAACGCAACACAGAGCAUGAUGCCCCCUACUGGCGUGGGGCUAUAUGGAUCAACAUCAACUACCUGGCAGUAAGAGCACUGCACCAUUACAGCAGGAAACAGGGACCAUACCAAGAGAAGGCUGCUGAUCUCUAUCAAGAGCUCAGGACUAAUGUCAUCAAUAACAUUUACAAACAGUACCAGGAAACUGGAUAUAUCUGGGAACAGUACAGUGACAGCACAGGUCGGGGAAAGGGUAGUCACCCCUUCACAGGUUGGUCAGCUCUGAUUGUUCUCAUCAUGGCUGAAGAGUACUGACCCCCCUGCAGGUUCUGUACUCUUAAAUUCAAAGGGUGCUGUUAUUUAUCUCAGCAAAUGAUCUGUACUAAUGAUGAAAUGUUUCAUUGCUUGUCAGAAAAAGAAAUUGUGUGUUGGAUAACAAAAUCUCUGCUCAACUGAAAAAUGGGGAUUAUUUUUAUUAUGAUGUACUGAGGUUCUUUCAUAAAUCACACUUUAUACAAAAUGGAAUAUUGGAGAAACAUUUCUCUUUUAAUUGUGAUUAUGUAAUAAAUUUAUGCUCAGGUGUUAAAUUGCACUGGGGUUUUGUGUGUGUUUAGAAAUGAUAAGAGAAUUCAGGUGUGUUCAUAAGAAUAAAAUGAUACCUCCCUAAA